AUGGCUACGAUUUCUGUUCCAUUUGUGGGAAUCGACCGUGAUUUUAACGAGGUAACGCUAACAUGGGAUCGACCGCAAUGUGGGACAUGUGAAAUUACUGGCGGUGUUUGCGUGCUUAGGAGUGUAGGAAGCCAAGAUGUCGAUUGCUUGUAUCCAAGUAAAGUUUUGAAGGCAUUGAUGAUUAUUUUUCUGUCGACUGUAAUUCCAACUAGUGUAAUUAUAUCAUGUUGUUGGUUGAUGAAAAAGUGUUUGAAAGAAAACCAUGAAGAGCUUAACGAUAGUUCUACGCACAUAACCUUUGGUUCACUCGCAACGCCUCCACAAUCCUCUACAACAACAUCUAGAGAAGGCUUAGACGAAUCCACCAUUCAAUCAUAUCCCAAAGUCAUAAUCGGAGAAAACAACCUCAGUCCGGGACUCAACAACAAGGCAUGUCCAAUUUGUUUGUCUGAGUUUCUCGCGAAAGAAACAGUCCGGUUCAUACCUAAUUGCACACAUUGUUUUCAUUCUGAUUGUAUUGAUAAAUGGCUUCGCCUCAACCAUUCAUGUCCUGUUUGUCGGAUUUCACUAACCCGUGUUAAUAUCUAA